UUUUAGAUUUUUAUAAUAAUGGUGAAUUGUCACGAAAAGUUGGAGAGAAAAAAGAGAUCUGUUGUCCACAAUUUUCGGAAUAUAGUCUUAUUUUAUGGUAUUUCAGUCCAUUCUUUUUUCAGUUCCAGUUCUUUGUAUCGUAUUUCAUUACUGUAAGUGUAUGCAGUCGCAAAUGCGAAGUUCUUACCCGAGUAUUCUAGAAGAGCGGCAUUGCAGUAUGCAUGAUAUGUUUAUCAAAUAAAAGGACAGAGAUGGUAUAAGACAUGUAACUAUAUAAAUAUGUUGUUUUCUCUUUCUGUUUAUUCUUAUUGUGCUUCAGGAAAUGGGUUCUUCAGAUGAAGGUUCAGACGAUGAUUACAGUGUUCUUGGUGAUGCAUUCCGUGAUGUUGCUUUUUGCAACAAAACUGCAGAAGUCGAUUGGGAUGCUUGCAAGGAAUAUAUGGAUCGACCAAACAUGCAAACAGUAGCCUUUCAUAAUCUCGUCAAAUACAGCCUAUUGAUGUUCACUCUACCAUUCAUUGCAAUGUAUUGUUUCUAUUUUCUCAUUAAAGAUCGUGUUGGAUGGUCGCCAUCUUCUGCUGUUAUACCUGCCGCUCUUGUUGCUGUUUUAGUGGUUUAUUUGGUGAUCGCCCUAUUCGUCUAUGUGGCAUACAAAGAAAAGAGUGAUACAGAAUUGCAAGAAAUUCGAAAGAAAGGAGAGUAGAUGUGUUAUCAAAGAUAUGCUUAGUUAUUAUGUUAAAAUAUGCUUAGUUUUUCAUGCUAGAAAUCUUUAGUUGUCAAGAACUCAAGUCUUAUGUUUUGCAGACUGCUUGGCGUGCAGUCUAUAAUUUCACUUGUCAAUCUUUUUCGUCAGUUUUUCAUUUUUUGUGAAACUUUAUUUUAGGACAAAUAGUAAAUAGUACUUUGUGAGUUUUUUACAAUCAUUGGUAAAUUCCACCAACAGUUAUUCCUGUACUUAUUAUUUGAAAAUAAUUUCGACUGCAAACACAGAGAGGCGG